AUGUGCGCGGUACGCCGAGAAGGGUACCCCGACUACGCAGAGGACGACCAGUGCCUCGCGCCUCGCUGGAGAAAAGACGGUACUGGCGGCCGGGCGAAGGCGAACAAGCCGGAGGCCCGACGCGGCAGGAAGAGGGGGCUCGGGGAUGCUGCCGCCGAGGAGGUGGUGGUGGCGGUGGGCAAGACUCCGCCGCCGAUCCUGCAGCGCGAGGAUUCGGUGGCGCAGGAUCAAGGGAGGAAGCGGCGCAUGACGGGCGCCGCGGCGAGCGUGGCGGCAGCAGGAAAGGCAUUUCCUCUGAUCGCGGAUGAAGACGACGAGAAGGUGGAGGUGUCAGCCACGGAAGGAGGGGGCGACGAGCGUGGCGCCGCUGGAGUCUGCAGCAAGAACCCGAGGCUGCGGGUGAUGAAGACGCUGCGGGCGUUCAGCACCAAUUACCUUCAUUUUGUUCAGGUUUCCCUCCUUACUCUGAUUUUCCCAUUGAAAGGCAAAGAGAAAUCGGAGGAGUCUGCCAGGCUGACUGACAGUUUGUGCCACACAUGCAGGAGGAGCAGCGCAGAGCAGAGUCUAAUGCAAGAGCUCAAGGCGUGCGGGACCCUUAAACGAAAGGUUCUGAUACUAAGCUCUCUUACCUAG